GGCGGACGCGUCGCCCGGGAUUGCCUCGUCCAUGAAGUCCGCCGCCGAUCUCCGGGGCGCCGCCGCCGUCGGUGGCGCCGGCGCCGGUACUGCCGUCGCCGGCGCCGGCGCUGCAGCUCCGGGGAUCGCCGCCGGCGAUGGCGGCGCCGAAGUGUCCGUCUCGUUCGUUUUUCGUCGCUUCUUCCGGCCGCCACGGUUCCGCUUCCGCUUCUUCUUUCCGGCGCUGCCGCCGGACGCCGAGACGUUGCCGGGCGACGGCGGCGCGGCCCGCUUCCGCGUGAGCCGCUCGCGGUUCGUGCCGUCGCGCCACUCGCGCCGCACGCGCGCCGAGUCGUCGUCGUCGGGCAGCGGGCCCGGGAAGAGGGGCUCGAAGUCCUCGGGCGUCGGCGCCGGCGGCCCGCGCGGCGCCUGGGGCCGCUGCGCGCGCUGCCGCGGCUUGCCGAGCCCGAUGGAACCGUCGGGGUGGAAGAACACGCAGACCGACGACCGGCACUUCGUCCCGUGGCGGCACAGCUGCGACCGCGAGUUCGGGAGCUCGCCGAGCGGCGACGGCCGCGGCGGCCCUGGAUAACCACCCCGGGGCGGCGGCGCCCCGGGCGGCCAGCUCACGGCGCCGGCGGGCCACACGGGCGCCGGCCACUGCGCGUUCGGCGCCUGCGGCGGCCACGGAGCGUUCCGCGGCGAGCCCCUGCCCCGGGGCGGCGGCUGCCCCGGCCACUGCCCCGGCGCCUGGUAUCCGGGCGGCGGCGCCUGCCACUGCUGCUGCUGCUGCUGUUGGGGCCACUGCUGCUGCUGUUGCGCUUGUUGUGCCGGCCACUGCUGCUGAGGCUGCGGCGGCUGCUGCUGCUGUUGUGCCGGCCACUGCUGCUGUUGGGGCUGCACCGCCGACGCGGCCCAGGGGUUCACUUGCGACGGCGUGAGCAGCGGCGGCGGUGCAUAGUAGGGCGCGGGCGCGGCGGCGGGUUGGGCAGCGUAGCCCGGCGGCGUCGGCUCCCCGUACUGAGGCUGCUGUUGCUGCUGCGGUGCGGCGUAGGCGUAGCUCGGAUGCGCGGUGCCCGGUGCGUCGUAGCCCGCGGCACUGUAGCCGCCCGGCGGCGCGGCGCUGGCGGUCGGCUGUUGCUGCUGCGGCUGCUGGGCCGCGGCGUAGUAGGCGGCCCAAGCGGCGUCGACGUCUUGGUCCGACGGCGCCGGCGCCGGCGCCGGAGGCGCUGCGGGUGCCGGCUGCUGCAGCUGUUGCAGCGCGGCGGCCGCGGCGGCGCUCGGCUGCUGCUGUGCCGCGGCGCCUGGGCGCAAGUGUGGGGCCAGCGCCGCCCAGCCGGGACUGCCCGGGCCGCCUCCAGCCCACGACAUUACUCCCGGGCCGCCGCUGUUGCAGCCGAGAGCCGCUGUUGCAGCCGAGCGCCGCUGUUGCAGCCGAGCGCCGCUGUUGCAGCGUGCUGUGGCAGGGAGUUUUGUGGCGAGGCUACCUCGGCGUUGGAUGCAUCAAGGUGGGGCAAUUUGCAGUAGGGCAGCGAUAACUAAUAUCUAUAGCCGGGGCGGUCGCGAAACGGGUCGUCGCGCUCCGUUUUUGGCCGGGUUGCAAU